UAUGAUUCGCACGCGUGCCAACCACUACCACGGGAACAACACAGGGAUGUCUUGAUUGUCUGAUUCUUGUGCAGCUCGACUCUCAGGACACGACACCUGCGGCUCUGCUCUGACGUGCAAUCGAUUACGCGAUCCCUGCGAGAGGCGGUUAAAACGGUUAUGACGGCGAGAACGACGCGUGUUCUCGUCUGCGAAGCUGUUAAAUGCACGGCCCACGCGUCUCUCGAUCCAUCCGCCAGCCAUGCGUUACUCUGCCCUCGACUUCUUGAUCUCCCAGUGGAAGACCCCGGGGCCCGUGGUCACGACUGAUCUCGCUGGGAAGACUGUCAUCGUCAUCGGAGCCAACACGGGCCUGGGAUUCGAGGCGGCGAAGCACUUCGCGCGGAUGAACCCGGGGAAGCUCAUUUUGGGAUGUCGGAGUCAAGCCAGAGGCAGCGCAGCG